AUGUCACAAUACUACAACUUUGAUGAAAAUGUCUUUCGAGACGACGUGGAAGAUGCUCUCCAAACUGUUGAAAAGAUUCUUGACGCAGAUCGUCGCCCUCGUCCUGCCGAAGAAGUCCAUCACAAGUAUGAAAACAAGUACGAACUCGCGAAUUACAUGACCAAUAUUUCCAUUGUGGCCCAGAUGAAUGUGCUUGAGCGUUUGGGAUUCACCCCUCAGAUCAUUCAGCAACUGGAAGAUACCAAGACAAAGACCACUACUUUGCGAUUUGAAGCUAGCGAGAUCUGCACCUUUCUCAAGGAGCAAACCGUCGACGUCCCAGAUCCAUAUGCUGUAGAAACGGUAAAAGAAAGGACAUCUGUACUCGGAUCUACCCCAUUCAAGUCUAAGUCUUCGACUAUUCACAAGGUUAUCAGGAAAGUAAACGAGUAUCACUGGACAGUCAAGGCACACUGGGAAAUCACAAUAUUCUCAGGAACUGAAGUUGAUAAGAAGAUCAUGCUUCAGAGUCGGGAUUCGUCAACCAUUGUUGUGACGCAAUCCAAGGAUGCUCCCAUGGAAAAGGUAGAGAAGCAUACUCCAGUGGACCUCAACUUGACUUGGAUGUUAAAGCAAAUCGACAUGGAGAACAAAGCUACUGGCUUUUCCAUUGAUGUCACGAAGGCCAAUACACCUCGACGCAAUGAACAAGUGGAAGCGUCCAUGAAUUUUUUCUGCUCUCGUAUGAAUAGCUGGCUUUACAAUGUGAAGAGUCACUUCUCACGGAAUUUGCAAAGGAUCAUUAGCAGCAUCCACAAUCCGGCAAUUCCACCACCAUCUCACCAAGAGAAGCUAGCACGCCAAUGCUCGGCCAGCGGCCUUUUUCAACCGAUCUUGCCUAUUCUAGAAGAAAAUAAAGUCAAAGACGGUGAGAGUGUGAAUGACGAGCUUCUCAUCCUGGAGGGAGGAGACAACGCAGAUGCUCCACAAUCGGUUUCCACGUUGGCGCUACCUUCUGGAAUUAGCCAUGCCAAGAAACAAGAAUGUCAGUUGUUGUUGGGAAAGGACACCAUUCAAUUGUUGAAUGCUCAAGUCAAAUCCAUCGAUACCAAGCUGAAGAGUCUCAAUGAAGUCUUUCCCGCCUCACAUCAAAUGAAGCUAUUCUCCAUUGCCGAGGCGACAGUCUUUCUCAUGUUGGAUCACUCGGAAAAGCUUUGCUUGCAGUAUCAGCAUGCCAUUGGAUACCUGGAAAAGAUGUUGGAGAACCAACUCGUUGCAGCAAUCGGCAAGCGUGUAACCAAUGAUGAUCUCGAAGAGUUUGUCCGCUUCCACAAUGCCAAGUUUCUGACGAUUCCGCCAAAGCCAUUUUGUCAUGCCAUUGGUCGCCCCAACCGCUUCCCAUAUGGUGUCUUGAGUAUCGAAAGCAAGGGAGACAGCGACAAUACCAUCCCGAUUGAGACCAUGAUGCGACCAGUCCAAAUGGAAGCUCCCCUCGAGGUCCCACUCAAUGCAGCGACAACAUUGCAACUGACUGGCAAUACGUAUUUGCAUGGAUGGAUGCACCAGCGCUCAGAAUCAGGUGGCACCAACAAGUCAUUUCAGCUAUCAGCUCGCGCGCGUCAGUUUUCGUCGUUUAUGUUGGUGAUUGGAACCAUGGCAGGUCCCAAUAAAUUGAAUCCCAAGGAUGCUAUCAUUCUGCAAAAUAAGGACGAGGUGCUGAUUCCACUACUAUUGGAAGAGAUUCCGUCUGCAAAGGAGUUUAAGGAUGCCAUCGAGUCGUUGUCACCAGAGCAACAGCGAUUUGCCAAGUCAUUCCGCGGGAUGCAAUUGGAGUCUUCAGUGUUUGGCGUUGCUGUGAUCCAGAUCAAGCCUCAACUAGAGGCUCUACUAGGACUACCUGAAGACUCGUUGGCGAAGGAGAUCAAACUGACCGAAGAUCUGAUGGAGCUGUUUGUGGAGUACCAGGUUCCAUCUGAUUUGCUGUCCUACGACGAACUUGCUGUGGCAGUGAGUACGAGCGAGAAGGUGGACAUCGUACGUCAAAAUGUGAAGGCAGUGAUGAGUGUGGUCGAAGGCACAAAAGAGAAGCAAUUGGAAGAUAAGGUGAUGGUAGCUGAUAUGGUCCUUUCUUCAGGACUCGAAGAGGCGAGCUUGGAUCUUGCCUCCCUACGUAAAGGCUCCGGUGAAAGCUUCAGGCGGAAACAAAAAGAGAUGGCUGCACCAUUGCGUAGUGGACCAUCGCGUAGUGGACCAUCGCGUAGUAGCCCACCUCCUCCACCCCCCUCAGGUGCUGCUGCACCAAGGGGUACAAUGUCCUUUGGGGCAAUACCUUCAGCGCCACCAAUGCUGUCGGCACAGAUGUCAGUGUCUUCUGCACCAAUGCCCUCAGUUCAACAAAGCAGUUCUGCACGACCUACAGAAGUUGCCAAGCCAUUAAACAAAGUACAGCCACCGGUACCCGACUCUUCGUCGGAUUCAAACGUUUUGCCUUUCCAAGCAGUCGAUUUCACCAGUAUUCCCAAAACGCUGGACGCAACCAUCGAAAAAUUCGACAAGGACAGCACUCUUCGAUCCACAAAACUCAAAACAAUGGACACAUGGUCACGCAAGCGACAGCCAGAUCUGCUCACAAAGCCAACAACAAAUACGCUAGCGGCAAAGGAUGUCAAAUCCGAGUCCAACAAGGCUUAUGAUCUCCUGGAUGCCAUCAGUCGAAGUGGUUCGUUGCCCAUUGCCUACUCUGACUUGCAUGUGGUCGUUUGUGUGACGCAUUGUUUUGAGAAGGAUGUGAUGGCGACUGUGGUAGAAGAUAACGUGAACCCUAUCGAAAAGCUCGAAAUUUCGACAUUAUUGCUGGGAUCGGCUGUCCAUGGAGCAGAGCCUUUGGAGUUGAUUGCUGAGGAGACAGACCGUGUUCGAUUUGAGUCUUCGUUUCCGCGUUUGCUGGAAGCAGAGGGAAGUGUCAAUUGCUAA